UCAGAGCAGAGAGAGGGAAGCGGAGAGAGCCACACAGCGCCAGCCACCCAAUCACGCGCCUCCGUGUGGCUCUCAAACCAAUCGGCAGCACACAGCUGAGGUUAAAGAUUGACAAUCGCUCUGAGAGCAGCAGGGAGAGCAAGGCCCUUCUGGAAAAUUCUGCACCCAUCUUUGUCUCAUCCCUCAAUGCCUUUAAAUCUGAACAAAAAUUACAUUUAAAAGGCUCAGCCUGAAGAAUCUGUGUACUGUGCCCGUAAAGAAAAAGCAGCUUGGCUGAAGGAGAAGUGAAGGCGGAGUCAGAUGCGACUGGAGGGAUGGAAAUCGCAACACGAUCUAAGGCUUCUGAUCAGGGGUCAGCAGAACGAACCGUCCCAAAACGCAAGGCCACCAGCCCUCCACACUCUUCUAAUGGACACUCCCCUUCUGAAUCUUCCUCCAGUCCUGCUAAAAAGAAGAAGAAACCUGGCGCCGUCAAUAACAGCAAAGACCAGUCAGAACUAAGACAUGGUCCCUUUUACUAUGUGAAGCAGCCCGCACUCACCACAGACCCUGUUGAUGUUGUACCGCAGGACGGGCGGAAUGAUUUCUACUGCUGGGUGUGUCACCGUGAGGGACAGGUGCUCUGCUGUGAGCUCUGCCCGCGGGUCUACCACGCAAAGUGCCUCAAACUGGCUGCAGAGCCCGAAGGAGACUGGUUCUGUCCUGAAUGUGAGAAAAUAACAGUUGCAGAAUGCAUAGAGACUCAGAGUAAAGCUAUGACGAUGCUCACACUGGAUCAGCUGUCUUUCCUGCUGAAGUUUGCUCUCCAGAAGAUGAAACAGCCAGGUGACCAACCUCGUUCAUCCUCUCAGCUUCCCCAUGACGCUGCUUCACGGAGAAAGACUUUUAACUGGACGGAGCCCUUUCAGAAGCCAGUGUCAUUGGAACAGCAUCCAGAUUAUGCAGAGUAUAUAUUUCAUCCCAUGGAUCUCUGCACUUUAGAAAAGAAUAUCAAAAAGAAAAUGUAUGGAUCCACUGAGGCUUUCCUGGCUGAUGUGAAGUGGAUUUUGCACAAUUGCAUCAUUUAUAAUGGAGGGAACCAUAAACUUACAGCAACAGCAAAAGUAAUUGUAAAAAUCUGCGAACAUGAAAUGAAUGAGAUCGAAGUCUGUCCGGAGUGCUAUCUCUCUGCAUGCCAGAAAAGAGACAACUGGUUUUGUGAACCAUGUAGCAACCCUCACCCUCUAGUAUGGGCCAAGCUGAAGGGGUUUCCAUUUUGGCCUGCUAAAGCUCUACGAGAUAAAGAUGGACAAGUGGAUGCUCGAUUCUUUGGACAGCAUGACAGGGCCUGGGUUCCUAUUAACAACUGCUACCUCAUGUCCAAAGAAAUCCCAUUCUCUGUAAAAAAGACCAAGAGCAUCUUUAACAGCGCCAUGCAGGAGAUGGAAGUAUACGUAGAAAACAUCCGUAAAAAGUUCAGCGUCUUCAAUUACGCUCCGUUUCGCACGCCGUACACACCGGACAACCAGUUCCAGAUGCUGCUGGACCCAGCAAACCCUGGCGCGGGCUCCGUCAAACCCGAAAAACAAGAAAAGAUCAAGUUCAGCUUUGAUUUAACGGCAUCUCCUAAAUUGCUCGUGGGCAAGAGCAUGGUGUCCAGUGGGACCACGGGGAGCGGGACGGGAGGGCGAAUCUCAUUAACGGAUGUGCCUCGUUCACCAAUGAGCACUAACUCGUCUGCCCAUACUGGAUCUGAUGGAGAGCAGGAGACUGGAGAGAAAAGCCAUGCUAAAGCCGCCUUGCCCCAUUACAGCACAGCAGAGGAGUCAAUGGAUUGUACUGCAUCACCCGCCCCUCCUAGAACAGGAAACACCUUAGAAAGCCCUAAACCAUUCCACUCCCCAGCUCCCAGCACCCCUGUUAAACAGGAGAAGACCCCAACCACCGGCAGUAUCCUCAACCUAAACCUUGAUCGCAGUAAAGCAGAGAUGGACCUGAAGGAGUUGAGUGAAAGUGUUCAGCAGCAGAACCAGCAGCAGCCUUCUCUCACCUCUCCUAAAAGACAGAUCAGGAGUCGCUUCCAGCUCAACCUGGACAAGACCAUAGAGAGCUGCAAAGCACAGCUGGGUAUAAAUGAAAUAUCAGAGGAUGGUGUAGAGCACAGCGACUCAGAGGAAUCUGACAAGUCUGACUCCAGCGACAGCGAAUACGCCAGCGACGACGAACAGAAAUCUAAGACCAGCCAAGACAAUAAAACUGCAGCUGAUGGUAAAAACGCAAAAGAGCCCCUUAAAAAAAAGACUAAACAUUCAGUGGCAGCUGUUGAGGACAAAGAAAGCGGCACAGAUUCUACUACAACCACCAACACAGCAACCAAAGGAAAACCCAUCCAGAAAAUGAACCCCGCUGACCCUAUAGCCAAAGAGAAGCCCGGUAUGGAAUCAGAAAAAGAACCACCAGAGAAACUAAAAGACAAAGUAGCUAUGCCAUCCCCAGAGAAACCCAAAACAUCAGAGGAGGCCGGGCAGCCGACAUCUGCGGAUGUGGAAAUGGACUCUGAUUCAGAAAGGGAGCUAGUCAUUGACCUGGGAGAAGAACAUGCAGGGAAAGAAAGGAAGAGGACCAUGAGAGAUUCUGCCGCUGUCACCGCACUCAAAGAACCCACAGUCUCCAAACCUGAGGGUAAAUCCACUCCAAUUUCAAGUGCUCUUACCCAGCACCAGAACCCAGCUGUCCCCUCCUCCACCCCAAUUAUCAAAGACCCAUCUCAGUCCCCAAUGGCGAUCCCACUUAACAUUAUACCCCUCACGGUGGCUUCAACCAGCACCACUCUGACCACCUCAACCCUCCCCAAUGCCACUCCGGGCACCCACAGUUCUCCACCCGUCCCCACCAGCACCGUAAAGAAACAGCGUCCCUUACUGCCCAGAGAGACUGUGCCUGUGGUUCAGCGGGCCGUCGUGUGGAACCCCACCACCAAGUUUCAGACGUCCUCUCAAAAGUGGCACAUGCAGAAGGUGCAGAGGCAGCAACAGGGCCAAACGCAGCCGGCAACACAGGCACAGGUGUUAACGCAGGUGCAGAACAGCCAACAGCCGCAGCAGCAAGCGCAGGUCUCCUCAUCCUCAUCCGGGCAGCAGGCGUCUUCUAGCACCAGAUACCAAACGAGACAAGCUGUUAAAGCUGUGCAGCAGAAAGACUCCCCACAAAGCACGUCAACAUCUGCGGUCACUCUGGUCACCAGCACGCCGGUUUCCGCCACCAUGACGGCAGGAGUCACUGUUAGCUCUUCUUCAUCGACUUCCACGCCUGGGGACUUCCAGAUCCCGACCACAUCUGCUGAUGUAGCAGCUGAUAUUGCCAAGUACACUAACAAAAUCAUGGAUGCAAUCAAAGGGACGAUGAAUGAGAUUUAUAAUGAUCUUUCCAAGAGCACAUCAGGAAACACAAUAGCUGAGAUUAGACGGUUGCGAAUUGAAAUCGAAAAACUGCAGUGGCUACAUCAACAAGAGUUAUCAGAGAUGAAGCACAACUUAGAGUUGACUAUGGCAGAGAUGAGACAGAGUCUUGAACAGGAGCGAGACAGGAUCGUGACGGAGGUCAAGAAGCAAAUGGACGUUGAGAAGCAGCAGGCCGUGGAUGAAACUAAAAAGAAGCAGUGGUGUGCAAACUGCAGAAAGGAGGCCAUUUUCUACUGCUGCUGGAACACCAGCUACUGUGACUACCCCUGCCAACAAGCACACUGGCCUGAACACAUGAAGUCAUGCACACAGUCUGCAACAUCAUCACAGCAAGAGCAGGAUACAGAAGGUAACACAGACGUUGCACCCAAAGCCCAUGGGCAGCCAAACAAUGGACCCAAUUCACCCAGAGAGACUGUAGCCACUAUACCUGCAGAGAAAGACAGUGACGUGGAUAAAACCAAGGACACCAUCACUGUGUCCUAGCUUGAAUGUACAUACACUAAACUGGACUUACUUCUGUACAGAUGUACAUAAUGUAGAUGUUGUCAAAUUGUUCACUACAAAAUUUUUUAUUUAACAUAUGUUUGUCUUGCCUAAUAGUGCAUUUGUGAUAUUUCUUUUUUUGUUUUUACGUAAUGUCUGAAUGUUCCCAGACAAAGACCACACAAAGAUAUUCCUGUUUAAAGGCCAGAAAGACCUUUCUAUUUAUGUUGCUUUUUAAUUUCUUAACUGCUUGGGGAUUAGCUGAGCUCAUUUUUUUAUGCGUCCAAAAUAUUCAAGUACCACAUUGUUCAGGGGGUCUGCAUAAUAAAAAAGAAGAGAUUAAAAAUGAAAACCUCUUGUAAUCUUUCAAGAAUGACUCACUCUUACGGUAAAUUGGUUAUCGUAAAGCAACAUGUUUUUUAUUUCCAGUUACAAAAAGCAGUAUAUAAUGUUAUUUUUCAUUUUUAGGAUUUUUAUCAAAAAGAGUACUGUUUUGUAUUUUUUGAAUACCUUAUUUAUGCCAAUUUAUAUAAAAAGAAUCUUUGGUUAUGUAAAACUUAGAUGACUACAUUAUAUUCUGUCCUUACAUUGCUAAGACAGGAUUUAACACUGUUUCACCUAUGACUACUUCAUCACAGUCUUGUUAGGAUUGUGUGUGUGGACACAAAGAGAUUGUAAUAUGUUGUAAAACUGUAUUAUCAUUAGAAAAUAUAGUCAGCAUGAUCUGUUUAUUUGUUUUACUGUAUCUUAAAUAUCUUAAAUGCCUUUAGAUAUUUUUGCUGCCUUCACCUCAAGGGUCCAGAUUAUGUUUCAUAGUAUCCUCAUGUAAGACCAUCAUUUUGUUUCUACUAAAUGUUCUUUCUUGGUCUUUUGUUGAAACAUUGUUAUUGUUUCUAGCAAAGUAUUUUUAUUGGCUUUAUUUAUCUAACGAUUUACAUUUUUAUAUCCUUUUUUAACAUGACUGUAUUACAUCAAGGGCACCAAAGUUCUUUGCUAGUUAUAAUUUUGUUUACAACAUAUUUUGUAUGUAUAUUUUCACGUUUUGUUCUUAGUGACUGAAGAGCAAACCUACGACCUGGAACAUUCCUUAACAUGUUAUACUGUUAGUGCAUAAAUAUGUUAUUCCAAACCAUAUACAGAAAAGGGGAGCGAUCAAGAAAGGCUUUUCCGUUCAAAAACAAAUAGAUAUUUACAUGAUGUAUAUAAAAAAGAUCUGGUGGUCUAAAUUGUAAUUUAAUAGUUUUUGUAUGGUGCAAGUGAAUUAAAGAACACCUGAAUGAAAGUA